GAUGUUCUGAAUAUUAUGCGUCAUAACUAUUGUUAAAUCCUAAAAGUAAAGAUUAAAAUGCAUUAGUUGACUAUGAUUCUAUAAAAACCUCUUGAGAGGUAUAUAGUUGGUUUGAUAGAAGAGAACACAGCUCAUCUUCUUCUUUCAUCCGCCAAGAUCGGAUCCUAUCCAUCUCUCCUCCACCACCUUAUCUCAACAAGUUAACACAAUCCCACCAAACAAAUAACAAAAACAUUUUUUUAUUCUUUUCUUAGACAGAGAGGGAGAUUUUGGGGGCUUGUGUUCUUCUCCUUCUCUUCAUUGAAAGUUGUCUUUUAUUUUUAUAUAUUUCUUGUUGGAUUUUGUUUGGUUAGAUGGGUAAUGUAACAUCAAAUGUGGCGGCCAAGUUAGCCUUCUUCCCACCUGAGCCGGCUACAUACACCGUAACGAAUGAUGAAGAGACCGGGAAUCUGAUCUUCUCAGGAGUCUCGCCUGACAUGAACAUGGAAGUCCAUCAGCUCAGCACAAAGUCAGGCAACAGAGUUGUGGCCACGUUCUGGAGACACCCUUUUGCUAGAUUCACGCUUCUCUAUUCUCAUGGCAAUGCCGCUGAUCUUGGCCAAAUGGUCGAGCUCUUCAUCGAGCUACGUGCUCAUCUCCGUGUCAACAUCAUGAGUUAUGACUAUUCAGGGUAUGGAGCUUCAACAGGAAAGCCGUCAGAAUUCAACACAUAUCAUGACAUUGAGGCAGUGUACAAUUGCUUGAGAGGCGAUUAUGGGAUCAAGCAAGAGGAGGUGAUUCUGUACGGACAGUCUGUAGGAAGCGGGCCAACGCUGCACAUGGCUUCAAGAUUGAAGAGGCUGAGAGGAGUUGUUCUUCACAGCGCCAUUCUCUCUGGCAUUAGAGUCCUGUAUCCUGUCAAAAUGACACUCUGGUUCGAUAUUUACAAAAACAUAGACAAGAUACGCCAUGUCAACUCUCAAGUUCUUGUCAUACAUGGAACAAAUGAUGAGAUUGUGGAUUUGUCUCAUGGGAAGCGGUUGUGGGAGCUGGCCAAGGAGAAGUAUGAUCCGUUAUGGGUGAAAGGAGGAGGGCAUUGCAACCUCGAGACUUAUCCUGAGUACAUUCAGCACCUGCGCAAGUUCAUAAACGCAAUGGAGAAACUCUCUCUAACCAACCCACCAUCAAAACAACUAGCCAACGAGCCUAGUAUCACUGAAACUAAACAUAACCGGUGCUUGAGAUUUCGGAAAAAGUAGGAUGGGUUAGUGGCAUAAUCAGAAGACAGUUGGUAGAUUCCUUCCUUUGCAUUCGCAUGUGCUUUCAACUCAGAACACUCAGAAGCUGCUCAAAUGGGAUCUCUUCAGAGUUCAGACUCAAAAACCUUGUGCAGAGUCAUUUCCUCAGUGUGAUAAAGAAACAAUGCUAAAACACUGGCUCACAGACAAUGGCGAUCAUCUAGGGAUGUAUUUACUGUAGAAUGUAGCUCUCUGUUCUUGGAUAUUCCUGUAAAAAACAUGUAUUGUUGUAACACUAAGUUUGGGGGAUUGUAAAACAUCAUUGCUUGUGGGAGGAGGUAACAGAGAAAAGAUGUAACCAGAGCAUGUUCCUCAAGCUAUCCACUGUUCCUAGAGGCUAGAAAAAUAAUUACAGCACAUGGAGUUACUUUCACAAAAACCUUCCCAGAAUCUUUUGACAACAUGGAACAUAAAAUACAGAACCAACUUAGUGGCAGUGAAAUGGACAAUUAUAAUUAUGCAUAUAAAGAGAGUCAAUACAAGGCCAAGCCUGUCUUUAGCUACAAUCUGAUCCAGAAGCAAAAAA